CCGGUCAAUGGGAAACUCCAACGACUCAAUCCGUUUAUAGACAAAGCAGGAAUAUUGCGCGUCGGGGGCCGACUGAAUCAAGCAUCGAUGGCUUUCACACAGAAGCACCCGAUCAUCCUACCCAAAUCUCUGACAACGUCCCGGAUCAUCGAAAACGAGCACAAGGUCAGUCUGCAUGCAGGUACACAAGCGACUUUAUACGCAGUGAGACAGCGAUACUGGCCCAUCGAUGGCAGAAGUCAGGUAUGGCAUACAAUCAAAAACUGCGUCUGCUGCGUUCGUGCUCAUCCACCACAAGUAGAUUACAUAAUGAGUAAUCUGCCGGAGGCUCGAGUAACUGAAUCUCGACCAUUUACAAACGUCGGCGUCGAUUACUGUGGGCCAUUUUACAUCAAGGAGAAACGAGAUCGUAACCGUCGACAGGUCAAGAUGUAUGUAGCCAUCUUCAUAUGCCUAGCAGUCAAGGCGGUGCACAUCGAACUCGUUGGAGAUCUCACGAGCGAAUCCUUCAUCGCUGCUCUUCUUCGAUUCAUCGCACGGCGAAGGUUUUGUUCGACCCUCCAUUCCGAUAAUGGCUCAAAUUUCAUCGGCGCAAACAACGACUUAAGGGAGCUCUACGAAUUGCUAAAAUCGGACGAUCACAUCGAAAAGGUAACUACUUUCCUAGCCAACAAGCAAAUCGAAUGGCACUUCAUACCCCCUCAUUCUCCACAUUUCGGGGGACUAUGUGAGGCAGCGGUGAAGUCCUUCAAACAUCACUUCAAACGCAUCGUCGGUAAUGAAUUGCUCGGUAAUGAGUCGUUUACGUUCGAGCAAUUCAAUACACUUGUCAUAGAAAUCGAAGCAGUUCUCAACUCCCGACCAUUAACACCCAUAUCCACUGAUCCCAAGGAUCUCCUCGUCCUCACUCCGGGUCAUUUCCUCAUCGGCGAGUCAUUAAUGAGCGUGCGUGAGCGAGAUUUCAGGGACACUCCAUCCAACCGGCUCUCCAGGUGGCAGCAUAUCCAAAAACUUAAACAACAUUUUUGGAAACGCUGGCAUAAGGAGUAUCUCAAUUAAUUCAACAACCGCAGUAAAUGGACCAAGGGUGGACACAACAUACAAGAAGGUACAAUCGUCCUCCUCAGAGAAGACAACGUUCCAUCGAUGCAUUGGCCCUUGGGCCGUGUAGGUCCAUCCCGAAACCGAUGGCAUAAUACGGACAGCGACAAUGCAGACAUCAUCGAGCCUCCUGGACCGCGGCGUCAAACGACUGGUCCCCUUGCCAUGUCAAUCAGCUCAAGAUGAGUCCGGACAAUCACUGACAUCGAAGGAGGUGGAUCACACACCCAUCUAACCCACAUAUAGAA